AUUACAUUUGGAUUGGAUUUAAACCUAAUAUUUGAGUAGAAAAUAGCAUUCAUUUGAUAGUCAUUGCUGAUAAUGAUAUGAAAAAAAACUAUACAAUUACACAAAAUAUUGUGGUAUUUAUAAUAAUGGGGUUAUCAUUGAGCAAUAGGUGUUGACAGUAACUGUUAUGUGAUGUCUGAUGUGAUGCCUGUAUUUGCAGUUAAGAUAUUUCUGGAGAAAGCGAAGGAGGACUUCGAGAAGAAGUGGAGCACUCCGUCGUCCAACACGGCAUCGCUGGACGACUUCGAGCGCAUCAAGACCUUGGGAACGGGAUCUUUCGGACGGGUAAUGCUUGUGCAGCGCAAACAGGGCCACAACGAGGCCGGCAAAUACUUCGCUAUGAAAAUACUAGACAAACAAAAAGUAGUGAAACUAAAACAAGUGGAACACACUUUAAAUGAGAAACGAAUUUUACAUGCGGUUGACUUCCCAUUCCUGGUUCACCUAGAUGCACACUUCAAGGAUAAUAGUAACCUAUAUAUGGUUAUGGAUUAUGUUCCGGGAGGAGAGUUGUUCUCCCAUUUAAGACGAAUAGGAAAGUUUAGGUACAGUUCCACCAAUUUUUCAUUUUAA